AACUACAUUAAUAAAAAAAAAAGCCUUCACCCCGUCAAAAUAGUAUAAUUUCUCCAUUUCUGAAGCCCAUCUCCUAGAAUUUCCACUCCUAAAAGCCCUUUUCUGCAAUUAAAAUAAAUUCACAGAGACACUCUGAUUGCAUCAAAACCAUACCAUCCUCUAUGCCUCACCAUGACGAAAAAGACGACCAAAAACCACUAAUCUUUGAUGCUUCGGUGCUUAGCUAUCAAUCCAACCUUCCUGACCAGUUCAUAUGGCCAGAUAAUGAGAAGCCUUGUGUCAAUGUACCGGAGCUUCCGGUGCCACUGGUUGACCUAGGUGGCUUCCUAUCCGGUGACCCCGUUGCCGCAAUGGAAGUCUCACGGAUCGUAGGCGAGGCGUGUCAAAAGCACGGGUUCUUUCUCGUUGUUAGUCAUGGGGUUGAUGCAGAGCUGAUCGCCGAUGCCCAUAGGUAUAUGGAUAAGUUCUUUGAAUUACCGCUGGGGGAAAAGCAAAAAGCUCAGAGGAAGCUCGGCCAGCACUGGGGAUAUUCCAGUAGCUUCACUGGAAGAUUCUCCUCCAAGCUGCCGUGGAAGGAGACACUCUCUUUCCGAUAUUCAGCUGAGAAAAAUUCGGUCGGAAUUGUCCAAGACUAUUUCAUCAAUACAAUGGGAGAUAAAUUCAAGCAAUACGGGAGGGUUUACCAGGACUAUUGCGAUGCCAUGAGCAAGCUUUCACUAGGAAUCAUGGAGCUUCUAGCGAUGAGUCUCGGUGUAGGCAGAACCCAUUUCCGUAAAGUUUUCGAGGAAAAUGAUUCCAUUAUGAGGCUGAAUUACUACCCACCAUGCCAAAAACCAGAGUGGACUUUAGGAACAGGACCUCAUUGCGAUCCCACGUCCUUAACCAUCCUUCACCAAGACCAAGUGGGUGGUCUUCAAGUGUUCGUUGACAAUGAAUGGCGCUCAAUUGCCCCCAAUUUCCAGGCCUUCGUAGUCAACAUUGGCGACACUUUCAUGGCACUUUCAAACGGAAGACACAAGAGUUGUUUGCAUAGAGCAGUGGUGAACAGUCAAAUUCCAAGAAAAUCUCUGGCAUUUUUCCUGUGUCCAAAGGAAGAUAAAGUUGUAACCCCACCAACUGAACUGGUGGACACAUUGAACCCCAGAAUAUACCCAGAUUUUACAUGGCCUAUGCUGCUUGAGUUCACACAGAAGCAUUACAGGGCUGACAUGAACACACUUCAAGCAUUCACAAACUGGGUUCAACAGAGAAAGCUGUGUGCAGAAAUUUAAAAAUCAAUCACCACAGGUAUCAAUCAAAACGGCUAGCUAGUCCUGUCAAGCCAAAACCUUCCCGUAGAAAAAGACAUGAUGAGAGCAGAGGAAGUGUAGAUCAAUUGAGGGGGAUAUUCGGUGAGAGUAAAAAUUUCAAAAGGAAGACAAAAGGGUAGAGUUAGAGGAAAAGCCAUCUUUUCCUGUUCAUGGGGUCUUGUGAACAAAAGGUAGGACAAGGGAUAUAAGGAAACCAAUAAAGAACAUUAUGAAAU